UAAAGAAAAAUUACAAAAACUAUGUGAACAGAUUACCGAGAUGACUGGUGAGCACCCGUUACCGCAUAACCAUCCAUUUCGUGAUGAUAACGACAGCGAGCCUCCAAAACCACCAAAACCGCUUCACAAACCUCCGUUGCUGGAAAUAAGCAUGGCUUGCAAUGAUCUAAAACCAACUGUGGAGAAUAAAUAUCCAAAUGCAGUUAUAGUUGUUAGUACUAUGACCCCUCCUGGAGCAACUUGGUCCAGACUUGCACAGACUGAAAUAAUAGAGCAAAAACGUCACCCAUAUUUCUUGACGACUAUAAGCAUACCUUCUGGUGGAAAUUACAGUGAGGUAACAAGACUAAAACUUGCUGUCUUUGAUGUUCGCGACCGAGAUAAAGAAGAGAUGACUCAUUUGGGUCAGGCAGUUUGUACAAUCAAGGAUAUAUUGGAUUCUACGAAUCAGAAAAUUCAACUUUCUCUUACUGGCUUGGACUCUCCAAUGGCCUCAGGGACAAUAACAUUGUUAGGCUGGAAGGUCGAAACUGUUCAAGAUACUUUGGCGGACACUGAUGGAACGUUCAGACCAAGAUGUGGCUCAAUAAACAAACCGAAAUUCGACAAUAUGUUACAAAGAUCAUUUAGAUUUCCUACAAUCUUGGGUACAGAGGUGAAGUUUGUGGAUAUGAUGGGCGAAAGCUUUCUGACGUUCAGAAUUCCUCAACAAUUACUGUAAGUCAUGAGUAAAAUAUGAUAUUUCAUUUAGUAA